CACAUAAAAUUUUUUUUGGCGAUAACGAAUCUUCCUCUAAGAUUAGCUUUACACGACGAUAGCAAAAAUGACAAAAUUAAUCAAAAACAACGGUAAACCAGCCACUGAAUUUGAAAACACUGUUGUUCAAUCACUCGUUGAUCUUGAAACCAACAACCAAGAAUUAAAAGACUUAAAAGACUUAAACGUCUGCUCAGUCAAAGAAAUUGAAGUUGCUGAAGGCAAAAAAGCUGUUGUCAUCUUUGUUCCAUUCCGUCAACUCAAAGCCUACAACAAAAUCCAACAAAAAUUAAUCUGGGAAGUUGAAAAGAAACUCGGUGGUAAACAAGUUAUGUUCAUUGCUCAAAGACGUAUCAUCCGUAAACCAACCACCCAAAACAAAAUCAAAAUGCAAAAGAGACCAAUCUCACGUACCAUCAAAGCUGUCCAUGAUGCCAUUCUUGACGAUUUAGUCUUCCCAAAUAACAUUGUUGGUCGUCGUUUAAGAUACAGACUCGAUGGUUCAAAACUCCACAAAGUCUACUUAGAUCGUAAAGAAAUGACCUUAACUGAACAUAAAUUAGACUCAUUCUCAGCCGUCUACCACAAAUUAACUGGUAAAGAAGUCGUCUUCGAAUUCACCCAACAAACCACUUCAUCAGCUGAUAACUAAAUUAAUAAAUCAUUUUUUUAUUAAAAAAACA